UGGGAAUAGAAAACAGCCACAAGUUAUUCUGUCUUCUUUUCUGUGCUUGCCCGCCUUCAAUGAGCUGAAUUCAUUCAUAGCAGAAUGGAGGAGACGUCGCAACAAGAGAAACCUGAGUCGGAAUAUACAAACCCAAAUGAGGACGAAGGUGGGAUCCGCCGCCGGUUGCGGGACAGGGACCUUCUCAGGAAGAGAAAAGCCGAGGCAGAAGAGAAGGAAACUAACCAGUGGGUUUUUGGGGUGGAGAGCCAAAGGAAAAGAUCAAGAACCGAAGACAAGAGCGGCACAAAGAGGCGGGGGAGGCCCAGGAAGACUGAGCCCUCUCCGCAGAUAUCUGUUGUUCUAGAGGAGGCAGCAGUGACUCAGGAGGCUCCUGCAGUGGUGGUGGUUCCUGAACCUGCUGAAGUUAUCCCAGAUCAAAUUUCAGUCUCUCUGGCUCCCUAUAUUACUGUGGAAUCACAGUCAGCUUCUGUUCUUGCUGCCCCUGUUCUCCCAGUUGCUCUUUCUGCCCCUGUUGCCCUUUCUGCUCCAGUCCCUGUGGCUCCUGUUGCCCCUGCUCCUGUACCAGUGAUUGAGUCUGUCCAAAGGCCCAUCUUUGGUCCUGUUCUGACUUCUCCUGCUCCAGUUAACCCAACUCUAGAUGUGGAUCCAGUUUGUGUCCAAGAUUCAGCUCCAGCUCCAGAUGCUGUUUCAGUCCCAGCUCUGUCCCAAGACACUGUUCCAGCUGUAGCUGCUGCUCCUCCCUCAGCUCCUCCCCAGGUGGAGACGCUCUACACAGAGUCACAGGGAGGGGAGGCCCUCGACCAGGUUCUGAUUGAGGACUUGGGCCCAGAUGAGGAUGAUGACAUCAUUGCAUCGCAAGACAAAAGAGUUGAUGAAGAUUUGAGUGGAGCACUGUCCACCACCAUCAACGUGCCUGAACAAAAUAAAUUGUACUCGAUUCCAACCCUGUCCUCUCCGCCUCUGCCACGGGAAUAUCUUCCAGGAAAUUAAUUGUCUCUUUUUAAAGAAAUACACUGUUCAGAUAUUGCUUCAGUUCACAAAAUGCAAAGUCAGACUAUGUCUUCACUCGUCACAGUUUGUAUCUGAGUAUUAUUUUAUUUAGCAUUCAGUCUGUUGAUGAAGAAAAUACAUAAGCUGAACCUUUGCAAUGCAAAUGAAACCUGUAUGUGUAUUUAUUCUGGAUUGUGCUUCACUGUGAGGCUUGUGCAUUCUUUUUUUUUUUUUUUUUUGUACUUUGCAUUUAGCAAACAGCAAAUUUUGCUUGCCUUUAUUUAAAAGUAAAGGGUAGGAAUCACUGGUAAUUAUAUAUAUUGUAAUUGUGGAUUCAUCUUGAUUGACUUUUGUAAAAGAUAUUUUUCAUCAAAUAAAAUUCACUGCUUACACCA